AGCCUGCCGUCAGCUCCUCUGGAGUUAUGAACUGAGUCCAGGAGUGGGUCCCGCGAGGAAGGAGGGGGAGAACGUACUCAGCCCCUGCAAUUACUGUCAGAAACGACUGCACAGUUCUGUUGAUGGUAGUCAGAAUAAUGGAGCCUCCUGGCUUCACGGAAGAGGAAAGGAGGUGGAGGAAGAGAGAGAGAUCAUCAACAUGUUCAGCUACCUCUGACGCCACCACACAAUCAAACCCCUCCCUCUCUUCCUCCCUCAUCUCUUCCAGAGUCAUACAACUAUACUCAAUCCUUGAUGCAAGCUCUGGGUCAAGGUUCAAACGACGCUCCGCCACAGCCAGAACCUCUCUAGAGGGCUCCACACCAAUGACCUUGGCACCCAGCUGAGCCAGUGGCUCGGUGAGAAAACCAGCUCCACAGCCAACAUCAAGAACACUGCACCCCUCCAGAGGUUUGGGGGCGUGGUAGGUGGGCGUGGCUUCAGGAGGGCGCCCCAAUAGGGAGUUAUAGACCAGAGGAACUCGGAUACUGUUCAUGGAGCGGAGGACUCGAACCAUCACUCCUCCCUCGCCCCACCAGUCCAGCCUUGAGAACUUGUCUCCCUCUCCUGCCUCCGUUGAUUUCCAUCUCUUCCUUACAGCUGAAAGAGGAGUGCAUGUGUACCUGUAUCGUACUCUUGACCAUAUCGCAAAGCUGCAGAUACGCUGUCUCAUUGGCGAAAAACUCUAAAUAAUGCGCACCAUAAUAUUCUAAUUGGAACGCACCAUCUUCUAUAAUGUCGGCAGAGAGCCUGAAAAAGGAGUGGGAAAGACGAGUCUGGUGAACGUAUUGUGUCAUGGCGACGUACUCACCAACGCAGCGUGGACUGUCGGUUGCUCCGUAGACGUCAAGAUACACGACUACGGUCGUUCCCUGUCCUCAUCCUCCAGCUACUUCCUGGAGUUGUGGGAUGUCGGAGGCUCUCCCUCCCACAUGGCCGGUCGAGCCGUCUUCUACCAGCAGACUAAUGGAAUCAUCCUAGUUCACGACCUGACAAACAGAAAGUCUCACGGAAACCUCAGCAGGUGGCUGUCCGACAGUCAGUCCCGAGGCCAGUCCAGUCGCUCCUCGAGAUCUCUACACUCGUUUGACUCCAGAAUUGACAUGGAAUACGACCCGGAGAGCUACGUGGACCAGACCCUUCCUCUACUGGUGGUGGGCACUAAAUUGGAUCAGCUCCCUGGAGACAAGACUCCGCCCACCACCAACCUCCCUGGUGCGGUGUCUAUCAACGUCAACUGUACGGACUCCAGACUGUUCUCCAUUGGAUCAACUGAGACCAUUCAGUUCAACAAAUUCUUUGACAAGGUGAUAGAGAAAAGAUACCACAGUUCAUUUCACGCGGUCAGUAUGAAAAUGGCACGUUACUAGAGUUACGGUCACGUAGCUCCCUCUCUCUCCAGUAGGCGGGGCCUCCAUCUGGUGAGAGACUCCGCCCAUCCAUCCGACGAACUACUUCUCUUCCAUCAGCUCAGUAGAUCGUAUUUCUCUUCCUCUCUCUCUCUCUCCUUCCUUUCUCCCUUCUUCCCUUAUGAUAAUGUUAUUUGAAGUACCCCCAGACGUGUUGUUGGACAUGCUGUAGAUGGUGCUAGACUUGACAUUGAUCACAGGGGAAUGCGUGUGUUGGGUAACCCCUGCCUCUAUCGCAGUACACAGUUACCAAGUGAGGGAAGUGGUUGGUUAGAGUAAAGGCCUCGACUUGGCACUAGCACUGUGACUGCAGUACUGUAGCGAGCCUUAUGUGUGCUGUGAUUGCUGUCCGCCUUUACUGUGUGCCAGAUCCAAGCUUACGCGCCGCGCCGCGUAUUGAGGAUGCAAUUUCGCGGAAAGUAUAAAAGCCGUCGAAAGAGGAUCCUGCGAGAUGUUUUCUGCUUCGGGACAGCGUACAGGCGAUGGCUUUAGUGCAUUUCGCAGUGUUUGUUGCAGCUCUAAUGGCGGCCUGCCUGCCUCCCCCUGUCCGGCCGUGCGACGGCAAUUUUCAGACGCCGUCAGCGGGCGAGAAGUGUACGAACGUCUCCACGGAGCCGUUCUGCGGCCAUUUCUACCAAGAGUCGUUCUUCCCCAACGACAUCGCUACCACCUCCGAGAUUGCAACCAGUUGGGUCGCAUUCUACCUCCAGAGUAACCAGACCUGCUCUCCCUAUCUCUCUCUCUACGUCUGUCUCGCCGUCCUCCCCGUCUGCGAGCGAGCUAAUUCGUCGGACGGCAGAGCGAAUUCGAGUCGAGUCCGGCUCCCCUGUAGAGAUAUCUGCCAGCGGGUCCAGUCCGACUGCAGCAGGGAGAAAGGGUUCAAGAGUACUCUUGAUGUACAGUGUGUCUAUAAUUGCGACCUCUGGCCUGACACCGACUGCGUGAGUCUCCAAGACCCGCUGGUCGCUGCUCACGUGACCCCUCUCGAUCCGACCCCCUCGAGUCUUCCGGAAGCGACCCCACAAACCACAUCCCUUCAGGACAAUGACACGUGUCCGCCAGUCGAUCAGGUUUUCUUCAGCGACGAAUCAAAAACGUUUGCGAAAGGUUGGAUCAGUUUUUGGUCUGUCAUCUGCUACCUCUCAACCCUCGUGACCUUACUGACCUUUCUCCUAGACACCUCUCGUUUCCAGUAUCCAUGGCGACCGGUCGUGUACCUCGCCCUCUCUUUCCACAUCCACACACUCGGCUAUUUCCUGGCACUCAUCAUCGGCCCCAGCAGCGUCACCUGCCCGGGAGGAACCUACGUUCAAACUGACAGCAAAUGGACGUGGGUCCACACUCCCUGCAUCCUUGUCUUUGGUCUCCUCUAUUACUCCAUGAUAGCAGCCUUUCUGUGGUGGCUCAUCCUCACCCUCUCCUGGUUCCUCUCCUCUGCGUACAAAUGGACAAACGAAGCAAUCAGUCAGUUCUCCCUGUUCUAUCACACAGCUGCCUGGGUCAUUCCUCUUAUACUGACAAUUAGUGUGUUAGCGGCCAGGGUCGUCUCGGCUGACGAGCUCACCGGCACCUGUUUCAUUGUCAGGACAAACACGAGGACGUCAUUUUUGGCCAUGUUGUUUGGACUAAUUCUCCCCCUCUCUGUGCUACUCCUGGUCGGCUCCACUUUUCUGACAAUCGGUCUUCUCUCUGUUCUUCAAAUAAGGAAAUUCAUGGUGAACCGAGGCAGGGAGAGAGAGAGCAUUAUACUAGAGAAACUAAUGCUGAGGAUCGGUGUCUAUGUCGCAAUAUACGUUCUCCCAGCGGCCGUUCUGAUUGGCUGUUUCAUAUACGAACUGGACACUCGCCCGCGAUGGCACACCACCAGUGAUCCCUGCACCGACUGCAGUAGACCCAACACUGCCGUGUUCAUGGUGAGGAUCUUCAUGUUCCUGCUCAUCGGGGCUCUGACAGGGGCCUGGAUCUGGUCCAGAAAGACGCUCCAAUCUUGGAGAAGAUUACCAACAAAACUCCAGAACUGCAUCCUUCCCCCGACCUCCGAGAGAACACAAGAUUCGGAAAAGGCGGCGACUCGACUCGGCAGUUUUACCUCCCCUUCUCAGCCUCAUCCUUCUGUCAGGGCUACUCCUUCUUACCCUUAUACCAUAGACUCUGCGACUGAAUUCAGUGCCUAACACUCACUUCCAUCAUCUUCUCUCUGUCUCUCUCUGCCCCUCUCCUGCAACACUUCACUGUUUGUUUAGCUCUGUCAUUAUCGUCAUGGUUCCCUCAUUCCUUUGUCUUUGAAGUCGGUUCCCCAAAACCCUUUCAUGUGUGUACACUUUUCCCUCUGCCACACUUGUAACAACGAAACUGUAUA